AUUUCAUCAAUAUAAAUAGUUAGGGGUAAAUUAGUGUGCCGCCGAAAAGGGGGGAAAAUUUUACAGAGGUGGGUACCGCCGUAGAAUGAGCAAAACGGUGCUCAAAUCUGCUGCUGUUGUAUUUUCUCCGGCGCCAUUCUUCAAUUCAUUCAAACACUUCACCCGAUUCUUCACCACCGACAACUACUUUCUCCAGGGUUUAACAUCCGACCAAGAAAUCAUCACCACCGCCGACUCCAUUGACGCACCACCCCACAAUCAAUUUUCAUCCCGAGACCUCUCGUUUCUCGAGGAAUCCAUUUCCGAUGCGGCCAAAGUUGCCGACUUUGAUUCCGUCAAGUGUUCGUCCGACGCCGUUUCGAUCAUUAACGCCGUCAGGAGCUACAACGACGGUUUGGGGGAGAAAUCCCACAAGUUUCUUAGAGGGUUUAGGGAGAAACUGAACGAGAAUUUGGUGGUUGAUGUGUUGAGGAACGUGCGGAAUGUGGAAUUGGGGGUUAGGUUUUUCAUGUGGGCUGGUGGGCAAAUAGGGUACACUCAUACUACGGCUGUUUUUGAUGCUUUGCUAGAGUUACUGGGCGGUGACGGAUUCACCGAUGAUUUACUUCUCGAGAUCAAGAAGGAUGACUGUGAGGUGUUGGGUAAAUUGCUCAAUGUGCUGAUUCGAAAGUGUUGCAGUAGUGGGAGGUGGAAUUUGGCGUUGGAGGAAUUAGGGAGGCUCAAGGAUUUAGGGUACAAGCCGUCGAGGGCGACGUACAACGCGCUUAUACGCGUGUUCUUAGAGGCGGGGAAAUCCGAUACCGCAUUUCUGCUUCAUAGGGAGAUGUCGGAUUCGGGGUUUAAGAUGGACAUGCGUAUUUUGGGUUUUUUUGUGCAGUUUUUGUGCAGGAUGGGUAAAUGGAGAGAAGCGUUGAGUAUGAUCGAAAAGGAAGAGGUUCGGCCCGAUACUGUAAUGUACACGAAAAUGAUUUCGGGUUUGUGCGAAGCUUCUAUGUUCGAAGAGGCGAUGGAGUUCUUGGAUAGGAUGCGGGCGGAUUCUUGUUUCCCGAAUGUGGUUACGUAUAGGAUUUUGCUAUGUGGGUGUUUGAAUAAAGGGAAGUUAGGUAGGUGUAAGAGAAUUUUGAGUAUGAUGAUUGUCGAAGGUUGUUAUCCUAGUCCGAAGAUAUUUUGUUCUCUUGUUCAUGCUUAUUGCAAAUCGGGGGAUCAUUCGUACGCGUAUAAGUUGUUGAAGAAGAUGGUGGAUUGUGGUCUUAAGCCUGGUUAUGUAGUGUAUAAUAUAAUAAUUGGAAGUAUUUGUGGCAAUGAGGAACAGCUUCCGAGUCCCGAUUUGUUGGAAUUAGCCGAAAACUCUUACAGCGAGAUGGUUGAUUCGAAAAUAGCGUUGAAUAGAGUUAAUGUUAGUAAUUUUACGAGGUGUCUUUGUGGGGCUGGUAAGUACGAGAAAGCAUUUAAUGUGAUUCGUGAAAUGAUGGAAAACGGGUUUAUUCCAGAACCUGGUACGUACAACAAAGUGAUUGGUUUCUUGUGUGAUGCUUCGAAAGUGGAAAAAGCGCUUUUAUUGUUCCAAGAAAUGAAAAAGAAUGGGGUUGUGCCGAAUGUGUACACUUACUCGAUUUUGAUAGAUAGGUUUUGUAAAGCUGGGCUUCUUAAUCAGGCUCGUUCUUGGUUCGAUGAAAUGAUGAGAGAUGGAUGUGCUCCGAAUGUGGUCACGUAUACUGCGAUUAUACAUGCUUAUCUCAAGGCAAGAAAAAUAACCGAUGCUAAUAAGAUUUUCGAGAUGAUGUUGUCUCAAAAUUGCCCUCCAAAUGUCGUCACGUUUACUGCUUUGAUCGAUGGAUACUGCAAAGCGGGUGAUAUUGAAAAGGCAUGCGCGAUUUACGAGAAAAUGAGAGGAAAUACGAACACACACGAUGUGGAUAUUUAUUUCAGAAUAUCUUGUGAUGAUGAUGAUGAUAAUGGUAAUAAUAAAGAGCCGAAUGUGAUUACGUACGGUGCUUUGGUUGAUGGAUUAUGCAAAGUGCAUAGAGUCAGAGAGGCCCGGAACCUUCUAGAAGCAAUGACAGAAAAAGGAUGCGAGCCGAAUCAUGUUGUUUACGAUGCUUUAAUCGACGGAUUGUGCAAGGUUGGAAAGCUGGACGAAGCACAGGAAGUGUUUGCUAAAAUGUCUGAGAGAGGGUACAGUCCGAAUGUUUAUACUUACAGCUCGUUAAUCGACAGGUUGUUUAAAGAUAAAAGACUCGAUCUUGCUCUAAAAGUGUUGGCUAAGAUGCUGGAAUAUUCCUGCCCGCCUAAUGUUGUUAUUUAUACGGAGAUGGUUGAUGGGCUUUGUAAAGUUGGGAAAACGAGCGAAGCAUAUAAGCUUAUGUUGAUGAUGGAAGAAAAGGGUUGUAACCCUAAUGUUGUAACAUAUACUGCUAUGAUAGAUGGAUUUGGAAAAACGGGAAAAGUGGAUAAGAGCAUCGAACUUUUCGAGGAGAUGAUUACCAAAGGGUGUGCGCCUAAUUUUAUUACGUAUAGAGUCUUGAUAAAUCAUUGCUGUAAUAACGGGCGAUUGGACGAGGCUUAUGGGUUUUUGGAGGAGAUGAAGCAAACUCAUUGGCCGACUCAUUUGGCGAACUAUAAAAAAGUAGUCGAAGGGUUCAGCAAGGAGUUUAUAUCGAGUCUUGAAUUAGUCGGUGAAAUGGGUGAAAAUGAUUCGGUGCCGUUUGUUUCGGUUUACAAGGUUUUGAUCGAUAGUUUUCAGAGGGCUGGAAAUUUGGACAAGGCUUUGGCGCUGUAUAAAGAGUUUUCGUCGCUGUCGCUAGCUUCGUCCAGUGACAAGAAAGUGUGUUGUUCUUUAAUUGAGAGCCUUUCGGCUUCGGGCAGAAUCGACGAGGCGUUUGAGUUGUAUUCGGAAAUUGUCGGGAAAGGUGAAGUUCUUGAGUUUGGUGUGUUUGUUGAUUUGAUUAAAGGGCUUUUAAAAGUUGGUAGAUGGGAAGAUGCGUUUGUGCUUUCGGAAAGAUUAUGUUACAUGGAUAUCCAGUGGUUAUCAAAUGAAUAUACACCAGAGAAAAGCUAGAGCGGGUUUUUACGUUUUUGUCCUCAGUCGACAAUUUGGAUCACGGAGCCUUGUUAGUCGUUGCAUUUGUCCCACAUCGUCAAUUUGUUGGGAUUUUUACUGUGCUUUUAUGGAGAUGCACAAAUAUUGUAACUGCGUCAGUAUUUGUCCAAUCCAGGUAUAGUAAUUUAAAUGGACAAUUUAUGCCUCCUUCUCAGUCAACAAAUGAUGUUGUUCGUAUUAGGGUGAAUUUUUUGCUAGCUGGAGAUAAAUCGAGAAAGCUUGAAGAUUUAAUGAUGAGCAUAAUUGCUUGAAGGCAAAAAACGGGCAAAAAAGAAUGCCGAGUGCAGAUGAUUAAAAUGGUUAUGUGGAAGCUAUAAUAUAAAAAAAAUGACAGUGAAUAAAACAGCCAACAAGAUGCUGAAAUGAUUGCUAAGAAGAACCUCACGAGUUUGCUCGAUUUCUGAAGUUAUCCUGCGUGUGAUGGUACUGCAGUCAUUUGGUGAAGAUCAUGUCUCGACCAAUCAUAGCCCAUGCAAGGAAGUAAAGUUCGACCGGAGCUUGUAGAAGAAGUAUGUAUAAAUCAAUUAAAUCAAUUAUUUGUCAUUAUUUUUUUGUAUGUGAUUUAUAACUAUGAAGAUGAGUGCAAGAAUAAUUACGAUAGUGAUGAUGAUGAUGAUAAUGAUAUUUUUCGAGUUUACGUU